AUGGACGACGCUUUGGCUGCCGAUGAAGCUGCAAUCCAGAAGCAAAUUCAGGAUAUCGAAGGUCAGAUUGCCGCUAUCUCUCUUGAACUCGGUGACAAGACUGUGGACAAGGAAGAUGGUGUGUCCAUCGAAGUCCCGACUCCGAGCACAGUUCCAGGAGAUACUUCAGAGGCCACUUCUGAUGCUUCGGAACCUACUUCAGGAUCAGCACGUCCAAAGGACUUUGAAUAUGAGAACGCAGUUGAUGAUGGGUACUACUUUGUGGGUGAUGGACCACAAGAUGAUGAAGUAGCUGUUCAUGACCUUUCCGUCCAACUGGCUCUUGCGCUUGGAGGGGACCUCAAAAUGAAGGAAGAAUCACUUGACACAGAUCAGGGGCCAGUUGCCGAUACUUUGGAUGGUGAAUGCAACCCAGCCCCAGACUCGAAACCGACUAAAUCCCGGCUCACCCGUCGUGAGCUUCUCCGCAAUGCUGCUAAAGCUAGGAUUCGGAGAAUGGUCGCCAACAAGAAGAAACGGAGUGAUUUGCAGUGCCCUCCAUGGCUGAAAGCUGAAUGGGAGAAAGGAACUGAGCAAAAGGAGAACAUGGCCGCAUGCCUUCAGGCAGUCAACUGGGACAAGGCCAAAUUCAUAGAUGAAAUGGAAAGGGUCGUGACUUCCCGCAAGAAGAUCAUAGUGAAGAAGGAGGAAGGUUGGUAUUCCGAAGCCGAGAUGAAAUCUGACUUAUGUUGGCAGCAGUCGCGAGUGACCGGAGCAAAGGCCUACUGCACGGAUCCAAAACGGCAUGCCACCCAUACCCGGACAAACGUAUAUGACAAUAUUGUGGAGUAUUGGGUGACAGUUCGAGAACAUGGAGCCUACGAAGAGGAACAUGAAAUUUUGGAAAGAAAGAAGUCGACUCGGAAGGCAGAUGAGGCUGUCGAGAUUUCCCCCGGUACUUUUGGCCAAGUCCAAGCCCUAAUGGAUCGCGGAGCCCUUGAUGGGGCGGAUGAUGCGAACAAGGAAUUGCCCGAUGGAAAAGUUGCUGAGAACAAAGCGCACUUCAAGCGAUUCAUGGACUCCGUCCUUACCAAAUCCACGAAGCUGAAGGGACUUGUGAAGGACUUGAGGGACAAUUAUGAGAAUGACACCGCGAAGCAGUACAUCAGCCAGCUUGAACAACAUGUCUCGAAGCUUGAGAAGGAAUACGAUGUGUUGACAGAGACCAUGGCCAAAGGGGAGAAUUCCAAGUAUGAUGCUGCGUGGUGGAAUCUGGCCCAUGAGGCCAUGAAAAAGGUGACUUUUGUGUCCAGUCGGGCCACUGCCGAAGAGCAGAAAGUGCGGUUCGGACCUCAACACAUUCCAGGUGCAUGCACGUCAGUGCCCAUGCUAUUCUCGCCCAGGAAAUCCAAACAGUUUCUGACCAAGAUGUCCAGCCCUGGUGCUGGCCCUGGCCUCCGACGCUUUGUCCAUGAAAUUGGCGAAGGGGUGGCAUGCGCAGUGGCAAUUCGUACUGCCAAAGCAGUCGUGGAGGAGGUCCCUAGCGCUGCCCAAAGCAGUGUGGCAUCUCUAGCCGCAUGUCGUGAAAACAACAGUGAGAGAGACACAGGGCGUGUAGCAAAAAGAUUCGGUUUGAAGCUGCCUAUUCCUUUGUGCAGAGUUCAGCUUGGGAGCGAUGAGAUUCCUUUCCUGAAAAUGAGUGACUGGGCUACUUUCAUCCUUCAGGCCCAUCUCUGGCACAGGCUGUGUGGCUUGACAGAUCGUGACCAACAGCGAUGUUGCGACAUUUGGCAAUCUUUCUGGACUAGGUACCAGAAAAUCGAGCCGAACCAUCCAAUUUACAAGCGCCCUGGCCACGAUUUGUCGAGAACUUGUGCACUCUUGCUGCACGGAGAUGAGGGAAGGUCUUUGCGGAAAUCAGCUCUGAUGGUUAUAUCAACCCAUUCCAUUUUGGGUUUUGGGCUUUCAACUUCCAAGCAUGAGAAGAAAUCGAAGCGCUUGGCUCAGAAACUCAAUUAUGAACAGCCUACUUGGACAACCCGAUUUUUGCUUUCAGUUCUUCCAAAGAGCUACUACAGUGAAGAAGACGAUGCUGCUUUGGAUUCCGAUCCUUUCCAGGACCUGAUGGAUGCGAUUUGCAUUGAUUUACGGAGCUUGUAUGACAACGGGAUAGAAACCAAGGAUGGUCGUUUCUAUUUCUGCGUUGUCAAAGUGAUGGGCGAUUGGCCAUUCAUACAAAAAUGUGGAUCACUAUCCCGUACAUUCAUGAACAUCUCCAAGGCUGCCAGUAGCCGUGCCCCUCCGAAGGGCAUUUGCCACUUGUGUUGCGCUGACAUGACAGGCGUUGAGUGGGAAAACUUCCACAUCCGUCCUCCAACUUGGGUUCCGACAGUGAAUACU